CCCGUCAGCUGCUCGGCGGGGCGCUGCGGAGGCUGCGCGGGGCGGGGACUGGCGCGGGAGGGAGAAGAUGGCGGAGGCCGAGAUUUGGGUAUCUCCUAAUUGAGGAGAGUCAAAAUACUGAUUGCAAGUGAAUCCUCCUCAGUCAGCCUGCUGGAUGUCUCUGAGAAUAUAAGAAGUCAUGGCAGAAAGUGAUGCAAUGCCAACCUUACCAAAAAAGUGUGGCCCAUACAUUUCAUCUGUAACCAGUCGUGGCAUGAAUUUGGUAAUUCGUGGUAUAGUGCUGUUUUUUAUUGGUGUAUUUCUUGCAUUAGUAUUAAACUUGCUUCAGAUCCAGAGAAACGUUACUCUCUUCCCCCCUGAUGUGAUCACAAGCAUCUUCUCCUCAGCCUGGUGGGUACCACCUUGCUGUGGCACAGCGUCAGCUGUGAUUGGGUUAUUGUACCCAUGCAUGGACAGACAUCUGGGAGAGCCACAUAAAUUUAAGAGAGAAUGGUCCAGUGUAAUGCGAUGUGUAGCAGUCUUUGUGGGAAUAAAUCAUGCCAGCGCUAAAGUGGAUUUUGCCAACAAUAUCCAGUUGUCUCUCACAUUGGCAGCCCUGUCAAUCGGACUGUGGUGGACAUUUGAUAGAUCACGAAGUGGCUUUGGUCUUGGAGUAGGGAUUGCUUUCCUGGCAACAUUGGUGUCACAACUUCUGGUCUACAAUGGAGUUUAUCAAUACACGUCUCCAGAUUUCCUUUAUGUUCGUUCCUGGUUGCCAUGUAUAUUUUUUGCUGGUGGAAUAACUAUGGGCAAUAUUGGCAGGCAGCUGGCAAUGUAUGAAUGCAAAGUCAUUGCAGAGAAGUCUCACGAGGACUGAGGAGAAACAAUGUGCACCUUUUAAACAGGAAGAUAUCUGACAAAUGACUGUUGGAGGAGCAUAAGGAACACUUGACUAUGAAAUUGCCAAAAUGCAAUUUUUUUUUCCCUUGAGUGGUAUACUUUACUGCAAUCUGUGAUUGCUGCUUCUAUAGAAACCUUCAUGUCUGAUUUUGAUUACUGUGAAGUUACAAUAGUAUGCAAUACAUUUGACAAUAUCGGUUCAAUUAUAGGAUUCAUUUUUCCAAAUCUAAACUGAGUUUACCAUAAAUUCUUGUCUGUCCAUAAUGUCGCAGUGCCAAACUGAACCUUUGCACUACGUUUCUGUAGCUGAAACUUCUGCUUCACUUUAUCUUGAAAGUUUUGAGGAAUUUAUCCUUAAUAGCUCAGUGAAAGACAGGGGAUUUGAAUUUAGGAAUGAAGAUCUUCUCUUUCCGUGUUGAUAGCCCAUAAUAUCUUGGUGAAAUUCAUGGAUUACAGGUGAGCCUUGAUGCAAUAAGUAACUGAUUUCUGCCUGUUAACACACUGUAUCAUUCUUCUUACAUCACAGGUGAGGAAAUUUAAUAUAGGUUGUAUGGGUUAUUGCCGUAUCACUUCAUUUACCUGUGAUACGUGCCCAGUAUCACAGAAUACAGAAACGGAAACUGAGGCUGUAAAUUAUUUGCUGUUUUUCCCCAGGUACAACCAGUAUACAUGUUUGUAUAUGAAUUUGUGUGGACCAUCAUCAGAUAUGGACAGAUUCUGAAACUACCUGUUGUGUUGAGUAAUGGGGUACAAUCUCUUAAGCUGACUUUUGUUGAUCCCUUAUAAAAAAAAGAAAAAAAAUCUUAGGGAGUUUUUAUUGUGAAACUUAAUUCUGCUGAACUAAAUCAGCCACUACCGUAUAGUGUCAUAAACCCCUCCAUUACCAAUGUUACUUUUGAUAGUUCUUGUCUACUACCUGCUCUGUCUGCAGGGAUCAGCAGGAGGAGGCAAGGCUGUAUUUUAGGUACAGAGAUAGCCCUUAUGGCUGCGACUACAGUCCAGGCAACCAUAAAUGCAUUUAUUCUCAUAUCUCUGAGGUAGAGAAAUACUGUUACCCCUAUUUCACAGGUGCCUGUGCACAGAAAGUCUGACAGGCCAGAGCUGAAAUAGGCUGUGUGCUGAUCGCUUCCCUCCUUAAGAAGAAGGAUUUUAGUGUGUGACCCAUAUUUGGGGACAUACGUGGAAUUUCCUCUUGGCUUUGCAGCUCCCUUUUAAGACCGUGACAUAAAAGAACUUGUGCAACAAGGCAGAAAGCAGACUUCAAGAGGACACUGCUAACCUGCGCCAGCAGUGAAUUUGUCAUGGGAUGUCUCUGCUUUUUCUCCCUUCUGUCUCCAUGUUGAUGAUGUUUUAAUGUAUUCGUUUUCCUCUUUUGUCUUGAAGUACUGUUUUUUUAAAUCUUCCAUGAAGGGUUUAUAAGACAUGUUACAAUCACCUAGGGAGGCUGGAGUUGGUCCAAAGAACAACUAGAUGUUUAGACAAGUUUUUAUUAAUAAAUGUGUGUAUGCAUUGUACACAAAGCUUGAAAUAGGCAAUUCUUUCUCAAUCUUAGAUGCUUAACUCUUAAGUCUGAAAAGUAUGCAGUGGAGUGCUUCCAAAAGCAUUGUAACAAAAGAGGUGGUCACAAAAGGAAAAUUUCUUGAAUGGAAAAGUGUAAAAAUAAUAAAUAAGCAAAUUAUAUAUAAAGAGCUUGGUUCUGCAGCUCCGCAAAGUUUCAUCAGCUUAUCAUGGUUCCAUGACAAUUCAGCACCUGCAGCACGCUUCAUUGGGUAAUGUUUCAGGAAAGCACUUACAGAUGCACUUUGCUUUUAGCAGAGGUAGAUGAUGUUUAAGUAGAUCCCUGACUAGAGAUUUUCUUUUAAUCAAACCAUAUGGCAAUAAGAAGCAUUUUAUUAAUAAAACCAAGAAACUGUUAGAGCAUGAACUAAGGGUGAGUUUACUUAGGCAGGCUCUGGCAUUUCACUGAAGCAGCUGCUGGAUCCUUUUCCGUGCAGUAUUUGGCCUCAUCCGCCUUCUUCACUUAAACAAAUGGCUUCAGCUUGGUGGGCAGUAUGAUGAGUCCUCCUGGAAUUAUCAGGGCGUGAAUGGCAUAAAAAUUCAGAUAUUUCUUAUCCUAACUGUAGGGAAUAACAUGGUACCUCAGUAGCCAAUGUGCUGACUUGGUAAACACUUUACUUUCAUCAUGACCAAUACGUGUACGCAACUCAAGAUGAGUAGUUAUUAUUAUUCACUUGGUGGUAGAACUGCUUUUACCUGCCAGUCUAAAUAUUUACACAGAAGAAGCCUUGUGUAUGUUAAAAUGUGCAGUAUGUGAGAAGUGGUUAUUGUGCAUCUGUGGCACACACUUUACAACACUUCGCACUCAGAUUCAUCUAAACCCAACUAGACUGCGCUGUCCACUAACUUGUUUUAAAUUUCAUUUUGGAAAUUUUAAGCAUGUUGUGCAAAGGCAGCAAUCAUCCAAAAUAAAUUUGGGUGGAGUCCUUUAUUAUAUGUGUUUUAUUAUUUUUUUAUUCUUAUUUGUCUAAAGUCGAUGCAAGAUUCACAUCUUGGAUGUAAUUUUUUUUUUUCAAACUAUGUUGUAAUUUUAUGGCUGAUGUGUUCAAAUCCUGAAAAAGGUUUACGAUGAGAAUGCUGACACAGCCUUAACUGUAGUGGUGUGAACAUGCUGCUACUGUAUAGCCUGUAAUUAUAACAUUAGACUCUUAAAAAUGUUGUUCAAUAGAGAAUGAAUAAGGUAUAUUUUAGAUACAACUUUAUAAGCACUAUAACCUCUUAACUAAUUAAGCAUUUUAAAGUCUAUGUUGUUUAAACUGGCAAAUUGCUGUUAAAAGCAAAAUGUACAUUAAAUACAAUUACAACCUUGCUUGAUAGGUUUCUUCUUUCUUUAAGAAAUCAGACAGAUUUUUAAAAUACAAUGAGUUGCCUUCUAUCAGCAAUCUCGUAAUAAUUUUGACCAUUGAGCUGGCAUAUUGGUUGCACAAAACACCUGUCUAGAAAUACUAAAGAAGAAGCAGGCAAGAUCAAAAAGGCAGCGAUUCUAUCAUAAUUGGCAUGCUGAGCAGCCUUGGAAAAUUUGCCCUGUUGAAUCUGCAAUGGGAAUAUUUGAGCUGGGGGAAAAUAAGCCAGAUAACUGGAGAUGCAAUAUAGAAAAUAGAGAUUUAGAUAUAAAUAGCCCCUAGGAAUAUGAAAAUAACAUGAACGGCAGGGAAUCCCAUAAUAUGGUAUUUGUAUUUAUUAAUGGUCUGGUCUGAAUGUUAUUCUGCUGUUCACAGGCUCUCCCUUCUCAGUGCCCAUCACCCUGUCUCAAAAAAGAUGUAACAAAGGUUUGGAAAUGUGUAGUGAAAAAGCCUCCAGGCAGAGGCGGGGAGAGACUCCUCAGUACUGGAGGUGCAGCGCCCGCAGAAGUCCCACAGCCAGGACAGCACCGCCAGUGAAGGUUGGAAAGAGUGCAGGAGUGAAAGGGAAAAGUGUUUGUGUUGGAUGAGGCAACCUGCGAUCCAAAAACCCUAAAGCUGCUGUCAAAAUGCAGAGUUCUGGGCAGGCCGAGUGUCUGACCAGGCAAAUUACAGCCAAGGACAGGAAUAACCAUUUUACCUGCUCGUAGCACUAAGUUCAGUCCAAAGCACUCUGGCAAAGCUGCUUCGCUGGAGAGUUUACCUCUCCGUGAGAGCAUCGCCCUGGGGAACAGAAACUCCAGGUCCUUCCUGCCCAAGUUCAGCCCCAGGGUGUCGCAUGGAAAGUUGCCCGUUUCUGAGAGGACGUUCCACCAGCCGGGCUGCCAGGCUUUCGUGAAACGCAUCUUGUGCCUCCCUUUAUAACGCGGUUGCUGUAAGCAGCUAGAAGGAGAGUAAACAAAGAAACUUUUCCUCUGUAGCUUCUGUACUUCUGCCAUCUGGCUGGGAGCUGCCACAGGGACCGGUGGGCAUACACCAGCCUUCCCUUUUUAUCUCUCUCAGCAUGUGAGGAAGGGGCAUGAUUUUACCAGCUGCGUCACCCUGGACAUUUUGCAUAUGCUUUUUACAUUUUGGAGGGGUGUUAGCAAUAAUUCCUAAUGGUAAUGGAUGAAUAUAACCUGUGGAAGUGAUGUUACAUAUCAAACACAGUGCUUAUAAAAGCACACGCACAGCUGGGCAGAGGGAACGCGUGUCUUGUCGUGGGAAUAGCUAUCUAAUGCUGUUAGUUUUGAUGCCAGUACUAAAUGCAAAGCAUGAGUAAUUUUGCAGCUUAAUGUUCAGUACUAAACAGUAAAUGAAAGGUCAGUCCAACAUGUUAACUGUCAUGGAAUAGUAAACACUACUUUAAUUGCUUCUUGCAGCCAGCUUGGAUUUUUGGUGUGUCUGUUGUCAUGUUUUGAGCAGCAUGGUCCAGAGCCUUGUCCUGAUUACCUCCCCCCGGUCAAAUGACAAAGCCUCAAAUUAAAGGAUAAACUUUAUGCCGGGGCUUUUCAGGCAGCACACGGGGAGUUUGUGCUUUGAAUGCUUAAAAGCCAUGCUGGGGAAGAGGUAGGGGUUGUUGAUCUGAUUGGUGCCGAAAUCCGGGUUGAAGUGUAGUUUUGCAUUUUCUUAAGGUUUUUCCUUUCUCGCUCUUUCUGAAGUGCAGAAGUUUAGCAGCUUCUGGUGCACUUUCACACUUACAUGCCCAGCACUAUAGCACAUAGGAAGCAACAUAUACAAAUAAGACAGAAUAUAAAGGGAAAGGGCUGCUACCCAGUUUCCCCAGGCCAGGCUGGUUGAGAGCUCAGUGGUGUCCAGCGUGCCACAUGUGUCAGUGUCAAGACACAACCUGCAGCGUCCCCGGGUUGAAGUUGAUAGGAUUAUCCUUCUGGACUGGCAGCGGUUCUGCCUUGGCUUUUGCAUUUAAAAACCUCUGUGCAGGGAGCGACCUGUUGUGUUGUAGUUAUGCAGGGGUACGUGCGCACAUUGCAGAGUAUGUGCAAUGGCAAAGUCCACUGCUAUAGCUGUAACGCUGCUUUUUUAUGAAUUUGUUAGUAGAAAUCCUGAAAUUGUGCCUUUUGAGCAAAUAUGGCAAAGCAUUUGUUGAAAGAAAAGCUGUAUUUAUAAAUAUGUUGGUGUUGGAACUCACAAAGUAAUUCUGCUGUUUCUGUUCUCUGAUUAGUACAAUGUAUGCCUUGUGUUGUCUGAGAUAAACCAACAUUUCAGUUAUUUAAUACUUUUUUUGGUAAUCAAACUUCAAAGCAAGAUUUGUUUCAUGCAAUUAUUCAGGGAAAACGUGUGAACUAAAAAGAAAGGUGGGAGGAAUAGGGUUGCAACUUAAUUUACCUGAUAGAAGUUAGGCAAGGAGAAGCUCCAACAUUUUACAUAAUGUUGCAAGAAAGAAAAGGACAGCAAGCGAUCGUCCUGAUUUCAUCCUGGGCUUCAAAACUAGAGGGGAAAGGGAGCCUUACAGAUGCGGUGCAUUUGUAUUGACUUGUUCUGAUCAUCACUUUAUUGGCCGUGAUCACCAGAGCACGUUUUGGCUCGUCUGUUUUCCCCUAACCCUGCUGAGCCAGUUCUUUCCUCAGUGACUAGGGGUGCCUGGGGUAAGCCUGGCCACGCCGCCGGAGGAUUCGUAGGAAAAUGGCCUUAGCAACUUCUAGCUGAGACUGACACAGUCCAUUUGAAGUGUGUGAGAAAGCGGCGACCUGGCCCUGGGCACUUUGGUUGGUAAUGGUGAGGUAGAGGUGAGGGAUGUGAUUACGUGGUGUUCAGGUGGGGGUGAAAGUCCCCGUAAGGACAUUAAGUGCAUAUGUCAGCUAUAGGUUCAAAUGAAAAGCAAAGUUGCUCUGCUCUGCAGACCAUCAUUUCUUGUCUCCAGUGGUGAGACCUGCCCUCAGUGUGCCAAAGAGGGAAGAAUAUGCUUUUUUCCUCCUUCUUACUCUUCCCUUGCACAAAUACGUAGGAGCCUGAGCUAAGGACAGUUAAUCCCAUUCUUGGAACCGGGAUUAUUUAUAGGCUGGGUUAGCACUGAAAGACUCCACUGUUUUCUUUUUAAAAUCAAAUGCUUGUUCUGUGCUGCACGUCAAGUGCAAUCAUUGCUGAAUGAACUGACACGCAAAGCCAAGUUCUCAGCUGAACUGGCGUAGGUCCAUCGAUUUCGGUGGAUAUGCUGAAUUUCAUGCUGGUUGGGAAGCUGGCCCACUGUGUUUGAAAGGGAUGAAAUUAUUUAGACCUCACUUCUUUUCUAAUGUGAUACAGGUCAAAAAAACCCCCUACAUUGUGCAACAAGUAAGAGCAGCACACUGCAGAAUCUGCCUUUCCCUCUUCUCUUUUACCACUGACAAAAACUGUCAUCAUUUUCUGUGAUUUACAAUGUGUGCUUUUUAUAUGGUAUAUCAGCUCUUCAGGAGGACUGACUUAUAAGAAUCAGAUCUGGCAGAUCAGAUUAAUAAUGAUGCAAAUGCAAAAUGUUGGCCGCUGAUGAGUUGUUGUCAUAAAUGCUUGCCACGAUCUUUUUUUUUUUUUUUUUUUUUUUGUCCAGUAUUUCGCUUGUAGGAAAUUCAGCUGAGGAUUUGUGUUGGAACUGUGCCUGUCCUGAUUAAACUGGAGAGAGAAAUAA